AUGGCCAAUAAAAAGAUCAUGGCCGAGUGGAGAAUUUUGAAGAAGGAUCUCCCGGAAAGCAUAUACGUGCGCACGUACGAGACUCGAAUGGAUCUCGUCAGGGCUGUGAUCUUCGGAGCAGAAGGCACACCCUAUGAGAAUGGACUCUUCUUCUUCGACAUCAAGUUCCCGGACAACUAUCCUAAUGAAGUAAAUGAACCACCAAUGGUUCAUUAUCGCUCACACGGAUUAAAGCUUAACCCUAAUCUCUACUCAAAUGGUAAGGUGUGCUUGAGUCUACUCAAUACGUGGUAUGGCAAGGGCAGUGAGAAUUGGGACCCAUUUCAAUCUACCCUCCUCCAAGUUUUGGUGUCGAUUCAGGCGCUUGUUCUCAACGAGAAGCCCUUGUUGAACGAACAGGGUUUUGGGUUUUUGACCCGGUGGUUUGGCAUGAAGGGUAUGUCCCAAAAUUAUAACGACGACGCAUUUAUUGCAACAUGCAGGUCGACGUUGUAUUUGCUCCAAAAUCCAUCCAAGAACUUUGAGACUUUCACUGCCAAGCAUUUUCGCGGAAGAGCGAGUCGGAUUCUGAGAGCGUGCGACGAUUAUUCGAAACACGGCUACUAUAACAAGGAGAGUGAGGCAGGCCCUUCGGUUAGCAAGGUUUCCAAGGAGUUCAAGGAGUCGAUGGAGCAUUUGUACCCACAACUGGUCAAGGCUUUCGAAAAGAAUGAGGCACAACUGGUCAAGGCUUCCAAAAAGAAUGAGGCAUCUCCUAAGAACAAAAAGAAUGAUGCAUCUCUAAAGAAAAAUCGUGCGGAGAGGAGUUUGACAACGUUAAUAGAUCAAGUGAAGAAGAAAAUUGAGCUGGCCGCUACUCCUGGCCGGUUAUUCGUAUUGUCUGGUGCAUUGUUGGUCUCUGCUUUUGUAGCAGCAAGUCUAGCAGGUGAUCGCAUGCUUGCAGAGAUAACCGCAUGGUACUCCAUUGUUAAAGUAUGA